AUGGUGAAAAUUCAGAUAACGGAUGCCGUUGUGGCGGCUUAUAUACUAAAUGCAACACUAGUUGUACCAAAUUUAGACCAAAAAUCAUACUGGAAGGACCAAAGCAAUUUUUCUGAAAUAUUUGAUGUUGACUGGUUUAUAUCAUAUCUUUCAAAAGACGUUAAGAUUAUAAAAGAACUCCCCGAGAUCAAUGGGAAAGUCGUAAUUCCGUAUAGAACCCGAGUACCCCGUAAAUGUAACCAAGGAUGCUACGAGUCGCGUAUGGUACCGCUUCUUAACAAGAAAAAGGCGGUUAUGCUUACCAAGUUCGAUUACAGGUUAUCGAAUAGGUUGGCUACGAAUCUCCAAAAGUUGAGAUGUCGAGCUAAUUAUCAUGCUUUGAAGUUUACUGCACCGAUUCUUGAAAUGGGGAAAACGUUAGUUGAACGAAUGAGGAAGAAAAGCAAGCAUUUCAUUGCUUUGCACUUGAGAUUUGAAUCCGAUAUGCUUGCAUUCUCCGGAUGCUAUUAUGGUGGUGGAGACGAGGAAAGACAAGAAUUACAACAUAUUAGAAGAAGGUGGAAAACUUUACAUAAAAGGAACCCAGAUAGGGAACGAAGGCAAGGGAGAUGUCCAUUGACUCCCGAGGAAGUUGGGCUUAUGUUACGAGCAUUAGGAUACGAGAGCGAUGUUCACAUCUAUGUUGCAUCGGGUGAAGUUUAUGGAGGUGAAGAUACCUUAGCGCCAUUGAAAGCUUUGUUUCCAAACAUUCACUCUAAGGACACAAUCACAAGUAAAGAAGAAAUGACACCAUUUUUAUCUUAUUCCUCGCGUAUGGCCGCUCUAGAUUUCAUCGUAUGCGAAGAGAGCGAUGUUUUUGUCACAAACAACAAUGGUAACAUGGCCAAAAUGUUAGCCGGGAGAAGGAGGUAUUUUGGGCAUAAACCAACAAUCCGACCCAACGCUAAAAAGCUUUCAAGUUUGUUUAUGGAUCGGAAUAACAUGACAUGGGAGGAAUUUGCAAAUACAACCCAAGGCUAUCAAAUCGGGUUCAUGGGCCAACCGAAUGAGAUCAAACCAGGGAGAGGAGAAUUCCAUGAAAACCCUGUAGCUUGCAUAUGUGAAAACUCUGAUGCAAUAUCCAAGUCUGUGAUACGUUCAAACCCCGACCCUGAAACAAAUGAGACGAAUGAUGCAAUCGAUGAAGAACAAGAUGGUUCUGAAGAUGAUGACGUUGAGACCGGAAAUACCCCUCAGGUUCAAAGGUUGGCUACCAGAGAUGAACCAGAUUUGGGUCAUAUUGUGAAUCCUGAUAGUCAUGAGCUUGAAGAGAUUUUUUCUGAUUAAUUAUACUUCAAGUAUAUCUUCUUAUUUUUUUAUACUUUUAGC